CACAUCCAGAUUCUGUCCUCUUUGCUAGUGGGACCUCGGCCCUGGUUGGAGGAGCACUGUACGAAAAGGUGAAUUAUAAAUGCCGAAGCGAAUCAAGUCCUCUCGUACUAUCGCUCACACUCUGGCCUUGUUGAUAUUUAGUGGGGUUUUAGAGAAGACCUCGCCGUCGGCGGCGGGUUUGGUGGUCCUCGUCGCCAUCGCCAAGUUGAAUCGUCGUCUUCCCUUUUACUCUCUGGACUUUCUCGUCGCAAACUACCAGCUGAAUUUGAAGAUGGCCGUCACAAUCUCUGCUAUCAAGGCGCGUCAGAUCUUCGACAGCCGUGGCAAUCCCACGGUGGAGGUGGACGUUACCACCAGUGAUGGCGCGCAGUACCGCGCGGCUGUCCCGAGCGGUGCGUCCACCGGCAUUUACGAGGCUCUGGAGCUCCGCGAUGGCGGCAAGGAUUUCAUGGGGAAGGGGGUGCUGAAGGCUGUGAGCAACGUCAACGACAUCAUUGCCCCUGCUUUGAUCGGGAAGGAUGUGACGGAUCAGACGGCCAUCGAUCAAUUCAUGGUUGAGCAUUUGGACGGUACGCAGAAUGAGUGGGGAUGGUGCAAGCAGAAGCUCGGCGCGAAUGCGAUCCUCGCGGUGUCUCUAGCGGUCUGCAAGGCUGGUGCCGGCGCGAAGCAGAUCCCCCUCUAUCGGCACAUAGCGAAUUUAGCGGGAAACUCGAAGCUGGUCCUUCCUGUCCCUUCGUUCAACAUCAUCAACGGCGGAUCGCAUGCGGGUAAUAAGCUGGCGAUGCAGGAGUUUAUGAUCCUGCCGACGGGCGCGUCUUCGUUCCAGGAGGCGAUGAAGAUCGGCAGCGAAGUGUACCAUCAUCUGAAGUCCAUUAUCAAGAAGAAGUACGGCCAGGAUGCGACGAACGUGGGCGAUGAGGGCGGGUUUGCGCCCAACAUCCAGGACAACAAGGAGGGAUUGGAGCUCAUCAAGGCGGCCAUCGAGAAGGCAGGCUACACGGGUAAGGUGACAAUUGGCAUGGACGUCGCGGCGUCGGAGUUCUAUAACGACAAGACGAAGAUGUACGAUCUGGACUUCAAGACAGAUCAUAAUGACGGCAGCAAAAGGAUCACAGGCGAUCAGCUGAUUCACCUAUACCAGUCGUUCUGCAGCGAGUACCCUCUUGUGUCGAUCGAGGACCCCUUCGACCAGGACGAUUGGGAGCACUACGCGAAGCUGACGGCUCUGAUUGGCGAGAAGGUGCAGAUCGUCGGCGACGAUUUGCUAGUCACCAACCCUAAGAGGGUGGCCAAGGCUAUCGCAGAGAAGUCUGCCAACGCUCUCCUCCUGAAGGUGAACCAGAUUGGAUCCGUCACGGAGAGCAUCGAGGCCGUGAGGAUGUCGAAGAAGGCAGGGUGGGGGGUGAUGACCAGCCACAGGAGYGGMGAGACYGAGGAYACGUUCAUCGCCGAUCUCGCCGUUGGAUUGGCCACCGGACAAAUCAAGACAGGAGCGCCGUGCAGAUCGGAGCGCCUGGCGAAGUACAACCAGUUGCUUCGUAUCGAGGAGGAGCUCGGCGAUGCCGCUGUCUACGCUGGCGUCAAUUUCCGUGCGCCGGUCGAGCCCUAUUAAGCGUCGGUUGUGUUUUGUGUUUUUGUGUUUUUUGUGUUUUUGUGUUUUUUGUGUUUUUGUGUUUUUGUGUUUUGUGUAGCGUGUUCCUUAUUGUGGUGUUCCUUGGUUCGCUCGGGAUCCCUCGGAAGAUGCCGUCUUGCACGAUGUGCGAGAGGGAUAGGUUUUGUAGCUAUCGGAUGCUGGCGUCCGUCCUCCCUCUCUUAGCUUCUGAUCUCGUAGGUGUGAUUAGGGGUCGACUUCACUGGCGCCGACCAUUUCCGUGCGCCGGUCGAGCCCUAUUAAGCGUC